AUGUUGAUGGAAGCUAAUAAUCAAUUCGUUUUGGAUCGUAGACAAGUCAUUAGAAGAAAAGUUCUUGCUAUUGGUAGAAUGUCUAGAGCCUAUCAAGUCUUGAAGACAAAUCCUGACCUCGUCGAUCAAUUGAAGUCGGUGUCUAUCGAUGGUAAGCUGCCUUCUGGUAUAUUGUCAGGAGGAGAACAAGCAAUGAAAGAAGCCAUCUUGACAUCCUCAACUACGAAUCACAAGAAAGAAAAGGAACAAAAAGAUCACCCUAUAACAUUCUAUAACUGUCCUACUCCCAAUUAUAAAAUCACAUCGUCUAAUAGACAAGGACAUGUUUAA